GGUGCAGAGCUCACACUCCCGGGUGGACGUGGUCGUGGUGACUCCGGCUCCUCGCUGGGGCGCUUCGGGUUCUCGGGCCUGUGCGCGACUUUGCGUACGUACGUAGGGCAGAGUUGCUGGGGACGUCUCUUCCCCAGUUGCCUGGCUUCCCUGUCCUCAUCAACCCCACCUGCCCCGCUUUUGGAUCCGCGUCUCUUCCCUGCCAGAAUAAAAUUGAAAAAAUGUCACCUAACCAAGUGUCUGCAGAAUAAACCCAAGAUAUCAGAAUUAGCAAGAAACAUCCCAAGUCGGAGCUUCUCAUGUAAGGAUCUUCUUCCUAUUAAACCAGAAAACGAAAAAUCUUCAGAAAACAUGGAUGCAUUUGAAAAGGUGAGAACAAGAUUGGAAACACAGCCACAAGAAGAAUACGAAAUCAUCAAUGCAGAGAUUAAACAUGGUGGUUUCGUUUAUUACCAAGAAGGUUGCUGCUUGGUUCGUUCCAAAGAUGAAGAAGCAGACAAUGAUAACUACGAAGUUCUAUUCAACUUGGAGGAACUUAAAUUAGACCAGCCCUUCAUUGACUGUAUCAGAGUUGCUCCUGAUGAGAAGUAUGUGGCCGCCAAGGUACGGACUGAGGACUCGGAAGCAUCUACCUGCGUAGUUGUGAAGCUCAGCGACCAGCCUGCGAUGGAAGCGUCAUUCCCCAAUGUGUCCAGCUUUGAAUGGGUAAAAGAUGAAGAAGAUGAAGACGUUUUAUUCUACACCUUCCAGAGGAACCUUCGCUGUCAUGAUGUAUAUCGAGCCACAUUUGGUGAUAACAAACGUAAUGAACGCUUUUACACAGAAAAAGACCCAAGCUAUUUUGUCUUCCUUUAUCUUACAAAAGAUAGUCGUUUCCUCACCUUAAAUAUUAUGAACAAGACAACUUCUGAGGUAUGGUUGAUAGAUGGCCUGAGCCCUUGGGACCCACCAGUACUUAUUCAGAAGAGAAUACAUGGAGUCCUUUACUAUGUUGAACACAGAGAUGAUGAACUAUACAUUCUCACUAAUGUUGGAGAGCCUACAGAAUUCAAGCUGAUGAGAACAGCAGCCGAUGCCCCUGCUAUUAUGAAUUGGGACUUAUUUUUCACGAUGAAGAGAAAUACCAAAGUUGUGGACUUGGACAUGUUUAAGGACCACUGUGUUCUGUUCCUGAAGCACAGCAAUCUUCUGUAUGUUAACGUGAUCGGUCUGGCUGAUGAUUCAGUUCGCUCUCUAAAGCUCCCUCCUUGGGCCUGUGGAUUCAUAAUGGAUACAAAUUCUGACCCCAAGAACUGCCCCUUUCAGCUUUGCUCUCCAAUAAGACCCCCUAAAUACUACACAUAUAAAUUUGCAGAAGGCAAACUGUUUGAGGAAACGGGCCAUGAAGACCCCAUCACAAAGACUAGUCGUGUUUUACGUAUAGAAGCCAAGAGCAAGGAUGGAAAACUCGUGCCAAUGACGAUUUUCCACAAAACGGAUUCUGAGGACUUGCAGAAGAAACCCCUCCUAGUACAUGUGUAUGGAGCUUACGGAAUGGACUUGAAAAUGAAUUUCAGGCCUGAGAGGCGGGUCUUGGUGGAUGACGGCUGGGUAUUAGCAUAUUGCCAUGUGAGGGGUGGUGGUGAGUUGGGCCUCCAGUGGCAUGCUGAUGGCCGUCUAACUAAAAAACUCAAUGGCCUUGCUGACUUAGAGGCUUGCAUUAAGACGCUUCAUGGCCAAGGCUUUUCCCAGCCACGUCUAACAGCUGUGACUGCUUUCAGUGCUGGAGGGGUGCUGGUGGGAGCGCUGUGCAAUUCUAGCCCAGAGCUCCUGAGAGCCGCCACUUUGGAGGCGCCUUUCUUGGAUGUUCUCAAUACCAUGAUGGACACUACGCUUCCUCUGACGUUAGAAGAAUUGGAAGAAUGGGGGAGCCCUUCAUCUGAUGAAAAGCAUAAGAACUACAUAAAGCGCUACUGUCCUUAUCAAAAUAUCAAGCCUCAGCACUAUCCUUCAGUUCAUAUCACAGCUUAUGAAAAUGACGAGCGCGUACCUCUGAAAGGAAUUGUAAACUAUACUGAGAAACUCAAGGAGGCUGUUGCGGAACACGCCCGGGACUCAGGGGAAGGCUAUCAGGCUCCCAAUAUUGUUUUAGACAUUCAGCCUGGUGGAAAUCAUGUGAUUGAAGAUUCUCACAAAAAGAUUACAGCCCAAAUUAAAUUCCUGUAUGAGGAACUCGGACUGGACAGCACCAGUGUUUUCGAGGAUCUUAAGAAAUACCUAAAAUUCUGAAAGGCCGCGUUCACCUGGAAACAGGAAGCGCUGAAAUAUUUUACAGUCCUAUUUCCAGUUAGGUUAGCAGAAGUGAGAUUUUAAGUUAUUACCUGUUUUUUAAAAGCUGCUUCUCCAUCUACAUGUUGCUCAGCGUUCAUCCCACCUGCUGGUAGUGUUCCACAGUGACACACCGGGAGUCCUGGCCUGAGCACAUGGUUCCCAUUUGUGCUCCUAGAAGGACGCAAAGAAGGGGGCCUGGAAGGACAAAAGGCAGCUGGACACUGGCCCCUUGCAGUGAGAGCACCUCUGUGUUGUUGAGCCGGGUGUCCUGUGAACAGUGUACAGAUGAGUGUCCUUCCUCUGUGCUGAUGAGUACCUUUAGACAGCGUGCGGUGAGUCAUCUCCCGAUCUCCAUGACUGUAUUUGAAUGAAAAGUACGACAGUCUCAGCCAGCCACAGCAGCGCACGCCUUUAAGCCCAGCAUUCGGGAAGCAGAGGCAGGAGAAUCACUGUGAGUUUGAGGCCAGCCUGAGACUACAGAAUGGGUUCUAGGUUAAGCUAUAAUAAGACCCUACCUCAAAAAACAAAAAUAGUUUUCACUUUCAGAUGCUUUACAACUUUUGGAAUAAUCUUGGCUUGAGUCCUAAGGUGUUCCGCUCAUUGAUGUGAUGUUAUCUCCAAAAAGUUAGGAAUUCCUACAAGCAACAAGGUUUUUUUUUUUAGACAUUUUAUUAUAAUCCUUCAAAUAUUAGCAGUUACAUUCAUACUACAAAAAUGCCUAAGAAUUAAUGACCAUUCACAAAAUGUACUCAGCAGCAUGCUGUCUGUACAUAACACUAAGGUAGUAGUGAAUGCCAGGGCCUUCUUGGUAGAGGACCCUAACACAGGCUGUACAACAGGUCCAGUGCGCCGGAGUAGCAAGCUCUGUUGGAAACAAAGCAUUUGUUUCUAAAAGCUGCUUGGUGGUGCGGGAGACUGUCGGUGUUAUGUUCCAAGAUGAGUCCCUCGCCCCGCUCCAGGGGAACGCCACGCGUGUCCACUUUGCUGCCUUUGGAGGCAGGAUUGGUACUCAGCCUUACUGGCAGCCAUGUAGGAAGACCUGCCAUCAUGUCCUGGAGAUUCAGCAGCAUUGACGACUCUCCAAAAUUCAGAACCACAAUGAAGACCCUGUCUAUGCCGUCCAUCUGUCUCGUGUAUGCUACAGCGUGGCUGUCAUUCCUCAGCAAGCAGAACCAGCCCCUGCUGAGCAGCAGCUCACUGGCAUGAAGUUUACUUAAGUCUUGAUAGAAUUUCAAAGCCGAACUGGGCUCCAUCUUUUGAACCUGUUUUUUUAAAUAAAUAUUCACAUAAAAAUUGGAUUUUAAUAAUUUUUUAGAGAUCUCUUAAGGAUCUAAUAAAUUCUUUCCCCAGAAAAACCUGCUUUCAUUUUCCCAUUAAAAUAACUGCUAAUUUGUAAGCAUGAAUAAGUAUAUACAAGUAAUAUAUUAAAAAAAAAAAAAAAGAUAAGCUGGGCAUGGCGGUGCAUGUCUUUGAUCCCAGCACUUGGGAGGCAGAGGUAGGAGGAUCGCUAAGUUCAAGGCCACCCUGAGACUACAUAGUGAAUUCCAGGUCAGCCUGGGCUAGAGUGAAACCCUACCUCAAAAAAAAAAAAAUAGGCAAGUACAGUCCUCGGCUUGUCUGAGGGUCACCGCAGUACACCUCAGAGUUGCUGCAGAAACCCAAUGUGACUCCUCUUUAAGAACCCCAGAUGUCCAUGACUAUUUUACUUCACUCUGUGCCAUCUGGUAACUGCCAAAUGCCUGGAACAGAAACGAUAAAAUAGAGCUUCCGGAGCACAUGGACUCUGAGACCAUCCGAAUGUGGACUUACUUGUUUUCUUUCGUAAAUUAACGAGAAGGUCACUGUGGUGCAAAGAUCCGGUCACCUCAGCAAACAUGUAUUUCUUGAAUAGAUAAUGAUGGAACCAAAUGUAAAAGAAAACGAAGGGUACACAGAGGUUUGAAGUAGGUGUACCCUGUAAGUUCAUGCGUUCUGAAGGCCAGGUCCCCAGCUGGUGGCAAUGUGGGAAGUGGAGGCUUGAUAGAAGAGUUGUGUCACUGGGGGUGGACCUUGACAGUUUAUUAGUCCGAGCUUGCCAGUGUCACUUAACACACUCCUGCUGCUGUUGUCCACCUGAUGCUGGCCAGAAGGUGACGUCCAGCCUCUGCUCAUGCCAUUGUUCCCCCUCUCCCCUCCCCCCGCCAUCAUGGAGCUUCCCCUCAAGUCUAAGCCAAAAUAAACCCUUUCCCCCUACAAGCUGCUUUUGGUCAGGUUUAUUGAUUAAAGAUUUUAGUUUAUUUAAAAGCUAUAUAAAAAAUAAUUUAAUGUCAUUCUUAUCUAGCAUUUUGCUGUUAUACUGUCUCCAUAAAUUUCGUUUUAACGGCAAAUAAUAUUCUGUUGAAUGGUUAUUCCAUUUUUGGCCUUUCUCUUUUAAUAUUUGCAUUUCUAGUAUUUUCUAAAUUUUUAUUCCCUUCCUCUCAGAUUUUCUAUAUGUAGCAUAGAUUGGGAAGAUAAUUACUGUGUCAAAGAUUAUGGACAUUUGAUGCAUAAUGCCAAAUUCUCCUGAGAGCUGUUGCCACACCAAAACACUGAUUUUAUUACCCUUUGCCGGCCACGUUUCCUGCAGGGUUGGGAGGGUCGCUGUCCUUGCCACCGUUGUGGCUGUCAUUGUCCUUCGGGGUGGACGCCUAACGUGUACGUGGCGAGUAUUUCAUGGGUGUCUAAGAAUGUUCACUCAUCUAUCAAGUACAGAAGUAUUGAUGGUUCAUGUGCAUGGCCUGUCAGAGUCCGCUCUCAUUUUCUGUGGUUUUAGAUGGUGCAUGAGAAUCGGAGUUCUGUGCCAUUCACGUGAAACGUGCUCAGUCAGCUGUUCUUCGUAUGUCCCUGAAUUUGAAAUCUAUCCCUGUAAUUGUGACUCUCUCUCAGUUUCUCUUUGCAUUUCUCAAGAACCUGUUUUAUAUAUUUUGAAGCUACUGUUAUAUGCAAAAAAAAAAAAAAAUCAUGGUUUUUAGUGGACUGUUAAUUCUUUUCAACUUUUGAAAAUUGCCUUUCUCUCAUAUACUGCUUUUCAUAUUGAAUUCUAUUUUGUCUGCUAUUAAAUAUUUCCAAGCCUG